UCCCAAACUCCCAUGUUCGUUCUUCGUACCCAAAAAUCCCAAUCUCGUCACAGAUCUCAAUGCCUUGGCAAUUGCAGAUUGAGCUUUUUUUUCUCGCUUACCAUUUUCCCCGUAAAUAUAGCGCCAUACCCAUAUUUACGGGAUUUUCAGGAAUAUGAGAGUUUGAACUAAGCUGAUCUUCCCCCUUUGUGUUGAUUAAAAUCCUUGUGUAGAUUAACGCCUACCUGCACUCCCCCCGGCAGCUACUGUGCUGCACCUUAUCUGCACCUCCCCUGACCUGGCCUAGCUUCUUCCACAAGCGCCUGCGCGCGGCGCGCGUGCACUCAAGCCUAGACUCCACCCACCCCCCAUCUGACCCCUCGACCUCCCCCCAUGUCUUGCUCUCCUUCACAUGUCGCUAUGGCAGAGGCCGGCUUCAAGAGGACAGCCUCUGAGCUAGAUGAGCCCGCGUCUGGGUCGGAGGAUCCUGAAUCGUCGUCGGCACUGUCUUCGCACCCCGCCAAGCGCAGAUAUAUAGAUCAGUCCCACGCUGAAGCUCAGCCGGCAGUUGAUACGGGCUCCCACACAACUACCGCCUCAUCACCAAUCACAGCGGCCAAUGGCCUUUCCAAUCAUCAGCAGCGACAAUUCCAAAAUGGAGAUCCUUCGACGACACAUGCGCCGCCGUUGUCGGGACCUUCGACAAAUCACCUCGAGUCUCCCGGCCGUGUUCAAGUUCCAGAAGCGUUCGACCAAGACCGACUCCGAGGAAUGGAAUCCGGAGAUCUCAUACAGACCAUCCUGGAACUACAGUCAACAUACGAACAUAACAUGAGCAUUAUCUCGGCGCAAUAUGAGGAUGUCUCUAGGCAGUUGGCAGAUAUACGGGCUUGUCUAUCAACCUUGUUAAAGGGGUCGACAGCAAGUCUGGAGGCUGCUUCACGAUGUCUCAAUGCCUCGCCUACUACUUCAACCACUCACACAAUUUCCAAGCCGGUACCGGUCACACCUUUGCCUGUCAUACCGGCGCGCACUGAUCCAAACACAUACAAGCCUGCGAUUCAGCAGACAAAGCUUGUCCCACCAGCGCCAGAGCCUACAACCAGGCGCUCACCGCCUUUGGUCUCGGCGACACCACUAUCCACACCACUUUCCGCCUCGGCGAGGCCGACACCUUCGCCUUCAGUUGAUGCGUCGUUUCAGCGCAUCAACACACCAGCUCGUGUAUCACUCAAGCUCAACUUUCCGGCGGACGGCUCCGUGCCUACCGUUGUGACCUACAGCACCCUCCAUACGGUCGGAGAGGUGUGGGCCGAGUUCAAGCACGGCCUGGACGGGACGCCUCCAAUAGAAGUGAUUGAGCAGCAAUGGGGCUCCCGCUGGCGUCCUGAUCCCAAGGGUCGGACGUGGUUCAGCAGACGCAAAAUUGUCUGGGACAAGGUCCGCGAGCUGAUCCACGACGGCCUGACCGAAGAGGAUGCAGUGGCUGAGGUUGACACCAUGCGCAACGGCAGGAGUGUGCACUGGCUGAUCAACCUCUUGACUAAUGAUCGCAAAGAGAUCAAGGCAAGUUGGAAGGCGGCCGCUGCUGCUGCGAAAGCGGCCAAGGGGAAGAGGUGACGGGGAUGGGCUAAAGACCUUUGGUCCUUGGGAGUUCUCCCACUUUCCUUUGUUCUGAUACCCUGUUGCCAUUUACAUACAUAUGAACGAACGCCAGUGGAAUCCGUUUUUUAUAGUUAUUACUACUGUACGGCUUGUGUUGACUUGGUUAGUUAGGUAUGUGUUGCUAUCCUCCAUCAUGAGAUUAUACCGUUACCAUCUGAACUUCGGUAUACCCAUGAGUGUACUUAUAUAUCACUGUAGAAAAGAUUUGUCACAUUAAGACUAUUGAAAAAAA